GUUGCCCGUUGCGAGAGCGGGGCGUCACUCAACUUUAUUGAGGUGAGGGAGGAAGGAACAAGUGGGGGCAGCCCCUCCCCCUUCCUCCCCCCAAAACCAAGAUGGCGGCGGAGGGCAGGGAGACGACAACAACAACAACAACAACCAGCAGCACCUUAACAAGCACCGCCGGCUGCAGACGGCCCUGAAGGGCAGCCACCUCCCCCUCCCUCCCCCUGUCUGUCAGAUUUGUCGUUUUUCUUUAUUUAAAACAACACUUUUAAAAGAAAGAGAGGAAAAAAAGCAACAACAACAAGAAGUUACAUUGGCUUAGCUGCAGCUACAACAACAACCCCUCACCACCACCUUCCCCUCCCCAAUAAUCUGAGCUCUCUCUCUCCCUUUCUUUUUUUUUGGUUUAAAAUUCCUUCAAAGAUUUCAGGGGGAAAGGUGGGGGGGGGUUUAAUUUUGAUAAAAGUACCUCCUGACAAUGAGGCGAUAUUCACUCUGACUGAGGCGAGGGGAGAGAAGUUGGAUCCACAACAGAUGCGACCAGACCUCCUGAUCUUUUCCAGCACUUUGUUAUUUACGCGUUCCAGUGGUCGCCGUUUCUUUUGUUAACGACAGGCUCUGCUAACCUGUGGAUCACCUUGAGGCACGUGGCAAGAUGGGGGACAGGGGCAGUGAAUUGGAUCUGAAGCCUGACUUCAGGAAUGGCAGCCUGUCGAGCAGCCCUGAGGAGACGGAAGAGGCGCGCGAGUCCUCCUCGGGCAUCGAGGUGGAAGCCUCCGACCUCAGCCUGAGUCUGACCGGGGAUGAGCACAUGGCGGAGGAGGAGGAGGAGGGCGAGGGGGAGGCAGGGGGCCAGCACCGAAGGGAAGGGGGCCGGCACGGCACCGACAAGGAGAGCUCGGACGAACGGGACUCCGACUCGCUGGAGGAUACCGGCACCUACUCCAUCGUGGACGAGGACGAGGAGGAGGAGGAGGCGGAGGAGGGGGGAGAGCAGCGCGAGGAAGAGAGCAAGAUGGAGGACGGGCAGGCCGGCCCCCGGGCCCGGCGCCGCCGCGGGCCGAAGCGCCCCAGUGAGCCGGAGCGGGACUCCUCCGAGGAGGAGGCGGCGCUAGAGCGCUGGGUGCACUCGGAGGUGGCGGCCCUGCCGCCCCCCACCUGGUGCGCAGCGCCGGCGCUGGGGGGCCGGGAGAUCGGCCGGGACCCCCGGGCCUUCAUGUACCGGGCGUGCGGGGCACGGACCUUCGUGGAGCGGCUGCGGCUGCAGCACAGCCUGGAGCACCACGCCGGCUGUGUCAACACGCUGCACUUCAACCGGCGCGGCACCUGGCUGGCCAGCGGCAGUGACGACCUCAAGGUGGUGAUCUGGGACUGGGCGCGCCGCAAACCCGUCCUCGAGUUCGACACCGGGCACAAGAGCAACGUCUUCCAGGCCAAGUUCUUGCCGAACAGCGGUGACUCGACGCUGGCCAUGUGUGCUCGGGACGGCCAGGUCCGUAUCGCUGAGCUGUCUGCCACCGAGUGCUGCAAGUCGACCAAACGGGUGGCCCAGCACAAGGGCUCUGCACACAAGCUGGCUCUGGAACCGGACUCCCCCUGCUCCUUCCUGUCGGCCGGUGAGGAUGCGGUGGUCUUUGCCAUUGACCUGCGACAAGAGAGGCCAGCGUCGAAGUUGGUCAUCACCAAGGAAAAGGACAAGAAGGUGGGCCUGUACACCAUCUACAUGAACCCCUCGAACACCCACCAGUUUGCUGUUGGAGGGAGAGAUCAGUUUGUCAGGGUGUACGACCAGCGCAAGAUAAAUGAGAACGAGAACAACGGUGUGCUGAAGAAGUUCUGCCCUCAUCACCUCAUCAACAGCGAAUCAAAAGCCAACAUCACGUGUUUAGUCUACAGCCACGAUGGCUCUGACCUGUUAGCAAGCUACAAUGACGAGGACAUCUACCUCUUCAACUCUUCCCACAGCGAUGGUGCUGAUUAUGUCAAGCGUUACAAGGGGCACCGCAAUAACGCUACAGUUAAAGGGGUGAAUUUCUACGGCCCCAAGAGUGAGUUUGUUGUGAGCGGCAGUGACUGCGGCCACAUCUUCCUCUGGGAGAAGUCGUCCUGUCAAAUUGUCCAGUUCAUGGAGGGCGACAAAGGGGGAGUGGUGAAUUGUCUGGAGCCCCACCCUCACCUUCCUGUCCUAGCGACCAGCGGUCUGGACCACGACGUCAAGGUCUGGGCCCCCACGUCUGAUGCUGUGAACGGGUUGUCCGGAUUAACAGAGGUGAUCAAGAAGAAUAAGCGAGAGAGGGACGAGGAUUGCCUCCGUCACACUGACCUCUUUGACAGUCACAUGCUCUGGUUCCUCAUGCACCAUCUGAGGCAGCGCCGACAUCGCCAGCGGCCCCGGGAUUCCACGGUCGGACCGGAGGAGGAGUCUGAGGAGAGUACAAGUUCCUCGGAGUCGUCCGAUGAGGAGGGGGAUGGCCCUGACCGGGUGCAGUGCAUGCCUUCCUGAGGCAGGGAAGGUGGUCGGAGGUUGGAGAGAUGGUGGGGAGAGAGAGAGAGAGAGACAGGGAGGUGUGGAGAUACAGACACACAGACUGAGCACCAGGCACCAUGGACUGACCCUGUCUGCCAGCAGCGGAUGUGUCUGUAUGAAAACUAUCCUUCGCUCUGCACCAUCUCACUGAUCCGAGGACAAGUGGCUCUGUCCGAGAGCAGCCCAAGGAUUGAAUGUGAUGUCCAGAGCAGGAACAGGAACCUCGCGUGUGUAUAACACGUCUCUCCUCCACCACCACCACCACCUCCCAAAUCAGGCACUCUCGCUCCUUCCUUCGACUUUGCACUCUCUUCUUUUUGAUUCUUCUUUUCUUCGCUCUAUUUUCUUCCUCUUUUUCUUCCUCUUUUUCUUCCUCUUUUCCUCCCUCUUUUUCUCUCUCUCCUUU